GAUUUAAAUCUUCUGAAGAAUAUGCAAAAGAACUUGAUCAAUUUCCACAAGCCACAAGAAAUUUUCGUCUGAUGUCCGAUAUGCUAGCAUCACGUUCACUAGCUCGAGUAAAUUCUAGUUUAGAAUCAGUAAUAAUAAAAGUGUUGAAAAAAGAAUAG